UUAAAAUUAAUUUUUUAAAAGGAAAUACGAAAUUACGAAUUAAAAAAAAUAGGAUUGAUAACAUCACAAAAAUUAUUCGGAAUUUUCGCGUUUCUUGUGAAUCAUAAAUCAAACAUCACAACUUCAACAAAGAAUGUGCCAUGAAGUCAUCGUCGAAGGCAUCGCUGCUGAUGGUGUGCAAAAGAUAAUAAAAAUAAAAUAUUAAUAAACGUUAAACACAGAAAUGGACAAUUUCAAACAAUAUUAAAAGAACAGAGAAAAAAUUAUUAUUUAUUUAUAUUAAAAUUAAAUUAAAUUGAUUGUCUCAUCAGCGCAUUCAUUGCCUGGCUGCAUCGUUUGUCGUGAUACAGAUUGCUUACAAGGAAUUUGAAAAAUGUCUUCGACAACUACGACAACUGUCGUAACGACGACGACACAACAGCAAGCCACACCGCAUGGCACACCGAAGAAAAGUAGCACAACGUUGCUGGCUGACACAGAUCCCGAUGCAUUACUCAGCGAAUGGCUUGGUGAAUUGGAAAAUUUAAUUGGGGGAUUAGACGUCUCCAGUCCUUCAUUACCUUCCAAACCGCGUCUUCGUCCGAAAAGUCAAAAUUCGGAAAACAGUCGAACAGACUCGUAUCGCUUCUCGAUGGCAAAUCUCGAGGAGACGCACGAGUCCGAGUUAGACGCCAUUUUGGGAGAACUUAGUUUGUUAGAGAAACGUCAAGAUACCAUUCAUCGUCGAGGUCACAGCAGAAACAACUCGAUAGUUUCCGGCAUGACAAAUACCACAAUUUCGUCAGAAGCCAGCGGCUGCGUUACCGCAAAUGGCAAUGUUGCAACAGAAAAUGGCAUCAACGGAGUCAACCGAGAGCCGAGAACAGACAGUCCGGAUAAUGAUUCGGCAUUUAGUGACACAGUGUCGCUCAUGUCGAGUGAAAGCUCGGCUUCGAGUGGCGUUAGUGCCGCACAUAAAGCCAUGAAUAAUGGUCAAGGAGUUUUACAGAAUCAGAUGGACAGUGCAAAAGUUGCCAAAAUCCAACUUGCUCUUCAAAAGCUCGAACAAGCAUCCGUUCGACGACUUUUCGUAAAAGCCUUCAGUGCUGAUGGCGCUUCCAAAUCCCUCUUAGUGGAUGAAACAAUGACUUGUGGACAUGUCACGAGAUUACUCGCUGAUAAGAAUCAUGUACCGAUGGAACCACAUUGGGCACUUGUUGAACAUUUACCAGAUUUACAGAUGGAACGAUUGUUCGAAGAUCAUGAGUUACUUGUUGAUAAUUUGAUGUUAUGGAGUCGCGAUUCCAAGAAUCGUGUGUUAUUUUUGCAGCGAGAAGAUAAAGUUUCUCUAUUUAAUUCGCCCGAAACGUAUUUGCCUGGUACACAAAUGGCACCUGGUAGUGAUCAUGAUGAACAUACAAGAUCCAUGUUGCUUGAAGAAUUCUUCUCAAGUGGCGGUCAAAUUCAACUUGAAGGACCACUUUACCUCAAGAGUGACUCAAAGAAAGGCUGGAAAAAGUAUCAUUUCGUAUUGAGAGCUUCCGGCUUGUAUUACUACCCGAAAGAGAAGACAAAGUCUUCGAAGGAUCUUUUAUGCCUUGCAUUAUUUGCGGGACAUGAUGUUUAUCGCGGCAUCAGUUGGAAGAAAAAGAAUAAGGCUCCAACGGACUUUACCUUUGCUCUACGUUGCCCUAAAGCUCCUCCUGGCGCUAAAGGAGCACGCGCGAUCAAAAUGUUGUGCACAGAAAAUAUUGAAGAGCUCGAUAAAUGGGUGACUGCCAUCCGAAUUGCAAAAUACGGCAGAAAAGUUUUGGAUAAUCACAAAGUUUUAUUGGAGGAUUUGGCACGUGAAGAAUUGGAUAAACUCAGUUCGGCGAGAAGUGGUAGUAUGGGAAGUAUUGCGUCAGCGGUGCCAUCUCAAUGUAGCAGUAAUGGAAGCAGUAAUGGCAGUAAUCCAGGCGGAUCCUUGCCUAAUGGAAAUGGUCGCUUAUCACGUGCUUCAAGUUCGAGCUCCAGCGGAUGUUUAUCCGAUGAUAACAAUGGAUUUGAUUCGGAAUUUACGACUGGUACGAUUAAGAGAAAGCCAACGAUGAAACCAAACUUACCAUUGACUUCGAUGACGGGCAAACUUAAAGAAGUUGGUGAAAAUACGAGAUUUUCUGAUUCAAAUCCUGCCUCGCCAGAACGUGGAGGAACUUUAACAAGACGUCACAGUCGCAAACGAAGUGAAGAGUCAAAUAAUGGAACACUGAAACGACGAACAAGUCGAAACUCGGUAGAUAGUUCGAAUGCUUCAACACCAACAAUUACUCCGACAAAUAGUAUUCCCGGCACUCCAGUUGCUGGCAAUGCGAAUGUCUUUGUGAACGGAGACCCGAAUCUCGUGAGUCCUUUGGAAAUGAUGCCAUCUUGCAUGAGUGAUUCCAUGUUCUCAUUGCCACCGCCUCCAGAUGAUUUGAAUAGUACAUUAUCGUUAUCGACCUUGUCAUUGGACUCUCUUCCUCCUCCGCCUAGUCAGUGCGAAUUGGAUAGCAAUCUCUCUGGGUCGCAAAUUUCCCUUGCUUCCCUACCGCCUCCGCCGCCCGAAUUGAGUCCUAUUGUUAACACAUAUGCCACAGCUCGCAUGCAUCCCGAAGUCGAAUGUCCAAAGAAGCCCGUCGUGGCGUUCCAACUGCCAUCACAGCAACAACAACAACAACACUCAUCACCUCAAAAGUCGCAAAUCCCGCCACAGCCAAAUCCAAAGCCAGAACCGAUCUACGCCUCGAGUCUCAAGUCAUCCAUCAAGGCACCGCCAUACAAGAGUCCUCCACCGUACAACGGAAAUCUCAAUGGAAACAGCAACUCCCUACCACCGCCAGCCUUAAAAUCCGUCUCAUUCGCUGAAUCGCCCGUGUUAUUGCGUCGCAAAGUUUGUUUCGAAGAUCAAGUUCAAACGAUCCCAAUUUCACCGAAACGUGGCAAUAGUGCGCCUCUUCCUCCGCCACGCGCAGAAGUCACGCGUCUCAGUCAAACAUCACCCAAACGAUUGGUAGAUUCAAUUUCCAAUCCGCCACAAAACUUCUUGAAAGACCUUCAACGUGUGAUGCGCAAAAAAUGGUCCGUUUCACAAAAAUGCAAACAAGAUCCAGCAACAACCCCUCAUGAAGUUCUUGGAUUCCGUGAUGUUCCCGUUGGGCAAGAUGCUUCGUCGCACUAUUACAACAGCGCAAAUGUCUCGCAUUGGAUUCAGGAGAACUUUGGAGACCAACUAUACGACAAUUUAGGCUCCAAUAUGGGCGUCGAACCGAAUUUCCCGAAACAAUUUGCGCAAAAACGUCCUCCACCCCCGCCGCCAAAGCGAAGCGAUUCAACGCACUUGACUUCGACUCACCAUCAAAGAGUGUAAGCAAGGAUAACGGAUAAAAUCGAGGACAUGAACCACAUUUCAUUUUCAUAUCCUGUGAAAAUGAAACAUGAUAAUUUAAAAAAAAUGUCCUCAAAAACGGUUGGAAUGUGAUCAAGUUCUUUCAAAAUAUUGAACGAAAAAAUAUUUUAUAACUAAAACUACCUAAAAAAAUAUAAUAUUUAAUAAGAAAAUAUAUAAUGAGCAAAUUUUUUUUACAUAAUAAUAAAAUUUAUACAAGAAAUAUGUAAAAAAUGAACAAAAAGCAUGG